AUGGAUGGUCAACGGCAACAGUAUAUACCGGCGCCGCCUCACAUCGGACAGCCUGGCGGACCAACGCAUAUGAUGCCAUUCCCCCCACCACCCCCUCGGAUGCACCAUACAUGUCACGCCCAUGUCCCUCCACCACCUCCCGGCCCUCCUCCAGGUUCAGCUUAUGGAGUGCAGUCGGCAUGGCAACAAGGAUGGGGAAGGCAUCAAGCAAUGGCACAACCGUUUCCACCACCACCGCCACCUCUUCUUUCUUCCAACCAAGCUCAAAACCCACAUUUAGCGUACAGUGCUACUUGUUCUCGGCAUCAGCCCGCCCCUUUAGCCAUCCCUUCUCGAUCGAUAAACAAUGAGACACACCCCCUUACAUCGGCAACCUAUAUUCCAGGGGGUGAAUCGUUCGGCCCCGGAGUUGGAAUUCCUCCCCUCUUCACCCACGACCCUCAGGAGGCUUAUGUACGCGCUGAGCGCUACGGAUAUGCCGCUGAAUCGGAAAGCGUAAGGCACGUUUCUAACUCAACAUAUAAUGAUGGGACUCUACGUAGUAAUUCGGGGAACAGGUCACAUCAGUUAAACGUUCCGUCGCGUGACCGCCAGGAUGCUCUUUCUUCCGGGCCACCAACUGCCACUUUACACAACCCGCAACCCCGCGAUUCUGGCCAGGCAAACGAAUACCUGGUCGGCGGCAUGACGGUUCAGGAAGCCGAUGAAAGGUGGCCUCUUGAUCGUGUACUACAGUGGCUUGCUCAAAAUGGAUUUUCCAGUCAUUGGCAGGAGACUUUUCGGGUUUUAAACCUGUACGGUGCUAGUUUCGUGGAGUUAGGCAGUCGUGCAAAUGGCAGAAAAGACCUAGGUAAAAUGCACAACGUGGUAUAUCCUCAGCUUGCCAAUGAAUGCGCAAAGAGCGGCACUGGGUGGGAUAGGGCAAAAGAGCGAGAGGAGGGGAAACGGAUGCGAAAGCUAAUCAGGAGAAUUGCUGAUCAAGCAAGUUCGGAAACUGCAAAUCUGGGCGCCAGAUACUACGAGGGUCAUAUGCUGCCUAGCGCAUCUACGGAGGAUGGAUUAGAAAAUUCGCCUAAUAUACGGCGGGAUUCGUUCACAAACUUCAGUUCUGGAACCGCUGAAAGCAGCCCUGGUCAGCAGUAUGCCAGAACAACACCCAAUUCGGCUCAGAAGCAGCACUCCGGCCAGCGUUCUGAAUUUCCGACCCAGGAUUCCCGCUCAGACUUUUCCCGUAAUGUUUUCGGAAUGCUGGAUGGCCGACGGGGACAUAGCCCGUCGGCAUCAAGCGACAAUGGAAUUCCACUGCCUUCUGAAGAUAAUCCUCAAAGCAGCAGUCCUGGACGGCAUAUGGUCACGAUGGCACACCAAGAAUAUGUCCCCUACUCCGCAGAAAAUACCGGGAGACCUGAGAAGCGCCACAGCUCUGACUCCCUGCUAAGCCGAGGGUUCGCAUCUCAAUCCCUCUUUGGGGCCCAUGGAGCUAGUAGACAAAACGAUUCCAAGAAAAACGGAUCAGGGCCAUCGCCACAAGACCAAUGCACGCGCCAAGUACUAGGUGAAUCAUUACCGAAGGAACACGGUAAAGGGUUCUUUCAUAAAUUGAAAUGGAAGAAGGGCCCUGAUUCAAUACAUGCUGGCUCAGAUGAGAUAAAUGCCGACUCGCCUACAAGUCCAGCAGGUGCACGCCAUCUCCCUCCAACCUCGGCUUUUAUGAGACAAGGUUACGACGGCAGCGAUAUGUCCCUAAAUGAGAGACCUCCUUCUUCCGUUUCUGAUUAUGAUUGGCUCCAAUCACGGUCUCGAAAGGUCACAACUAACGUGCCUCAAAGGCGAUUCGCUCUGGCUACCCCUGAUGGAUGGAAUUACCGAUUAAUAGAUCUCACAGACGUGGAUGCUGCAGACACACUACGAGCUACUAUAUGCCAUAGCUUAGGUAUCGAGGACCCGGGAAGUGCUUUGAUAUAUCUUACGGAACUUGGUCAAAUUACCCACGAGGAGCCGCUUAGUGAUACAAUGUUGGUUGUGAAUCGCAGGACAAAAUCAGACGCCCAGGCCACUUUGAAACUUUUCGUUCACCUCACCACUCCAUCUGCGACUGUACCGUUGACCCAGCCAACUGGCUUGGGCCUCUCAUCGGCAGAACGCGCUCGACUAGGUAGAAAUAUGGUGAAUGAUGAAGCUAGGAACUAUGUGGGAACAGUAUCGCCCUCCCAUAGAUCUCAGCCAGGGCUGAAGCCUAAUACUAACAAAUUCUCCCCUUAUGACCCUCGGAGCUCUGGCGAAAAUGGCAAUGAUAUCGAUCUAGAUUUGGAAAGUAGAGAGGCAUCAAUAUUAGCAGCUCAUGAAGAAUAUCGGCGAGAAGCUGAACGAAAACAGAAGGCUUAUUUACAAUCAAAACAAGAACAUCAGCAACAGAAAGAGUCACCGCAGGUGUCUAUAAGGCGGGAUGGUGUAAUAGAUUUUGAUUCACCUCGACUUUCUCCCUACGAAGAUAAGAAACCGGAUAACCUAGUUCCACUACGCAAACCGCCAUCGGCACCGUCAGAGUCGAGCACGCUCUCUAAAGUGAAUUCUUUGAGCAGAAAGCCAGGUGAUCGUCCGCCCAGAGGCUAUGACACUGAUCGUUCUAAGCGUAGUUCUGCUGAACAGAUAUCUGAAGAACGUAGAGAGAAACCAUGGACCCCAACUCCAAAUACCCCCGCGUCUGGGGUGGGUGAUGGAUUUGUUGGAGCAGCGUUGGCUAGCAUUGGGAAAGUUUCUAGUGCUAUUGGGAAACCAUUCCCCAGUCCAAUUACUGUCUCUAGCCGUUCUCCACGCUCUGAAUCUGAGCCUGUUUCCGGAAAGGGCCGUUCAUUGCAAUCCGCCGACCUCAACGAUCGUGAUGGACGACGAAACAGUCCAUCUUCGCCGAAAUUGCCCUUUUUCUCCCGUGGGAAGGGUACUUCCAAUUUUAAAGCACCUCACGAAGGCGAUGGGCGUGGGAAGACUCUUGUUCUCCCUGACAACAUGAAUUUACUUCGCACAGAUCUUGAUAGCUCUGCUUCCGCUAGUCCAUCAUCUGCUAAAAUCAGCUCUACUUUGGCAGAAAAUCGAAAGUCAAUUGGUCCUGACUUCGACUUCCAGGAGACCGAAGUGUCUUUCGCGGAAGCGCCAGCUGCUGAAGAUGAUUCAGAUGAAGAUUCAGAUGAAGGUCUAUUUGCUAUACCGCUGGCUAGCGCGAAGAGUGUGACGCUAACAAAGAUGAAUAAAACAUCGACAAACAACGGAAGUGCUAUCCAAGGUCGGUCUGCAAAACCUGCCCUCACUGUCAAUACCGGUCGACGAGGAGCCAAGGGGAUGUCUGUAAGCUUCAAAUCCCCUAUUAUAAGAGAAACAUCCAAUACGCCACCGACGCGAAGCACAGACAAAGAAAUAGGUGGAGAGAAUGAACAUCUCAGCAAUGAAAAUGACUCGUUAGAUUCGCAAGAGGCCUCUGAGUUCAAUCGUCCCGAAUCAAUCGUCCGGGACGACAUUUGGGCAUCCAGGCCUCCGGUAGAGGGUAUGAUUGAACGUCUAGACGAUUACUUCCCAGACGUCGAUCUGGAUGAGCCGUACGUGGAAGGAAGCAUGAUGUCUCCCCCUUUAUCUCCGACCAGCCCCGGGCCUACCAUUGGCUCAGAGACUGAUAGCCAGGCAUUGCGAAGCAGAGCUGCUCACAGUAACCUUGAUUCUAUAAUGUCUCAAGACAACACGGACUCUUUUGGUUCAGCUGAGUCCACUCUGAAGGCAAAAGGCACAGCUAAUACCAUUGCACAACGGAAUGUCACUCGAUCCCAAGGUGGUGGACUAAACCGCAUGAAAUCAAUCCGUGAGGUUGCAAAGGGCGCUCACCAGGUUCACAGAAACCAAAGCAUAAUAGCCUCCAACGCUAGAUCGGGUGCUCUUCUGCGACGCAAGAGUACCAAGAUGUUCGGUGCGAAGAUUAUGCAGGUUAAACCUGGAAGUCGGCUGAGUGAGCAUCCAGUUCCACUGCCGCAGAACCCUGGGUCCCAGAAUAAGCUACCUCAGAGACAAGCUACUUUCCGUAUCAUUCGAGGUCAACUUAUCGGCAAAGGAACGUAUGGUAGGGUGUAUCUCGGCAUCAAUGCAGAUAACGGAGAAAUUCUGGCAGUAAAACAAGUUGAAGUCAACCAAAAGGCUGCAGGCCAUGACAAGGACAAAAUGAAAGAGAUGGUUUCUGCUCUCGAUCAAGAAAUAGAUACCAUGCAACAUCUCGAACAUCCCAAUAUUGUACAGUAUCUCGGGUGCGAGCGCGGGGAACUGUCCAUUUCCAUCUAUCUCGAGUAUAUCCCCGGUGGAUCAAUCGGGAGCUGCCUUCGCAAACACGGCAAGUUCGAAGAAGGCAUCGUCAAGUCUCUUACACACCAGGUCUUGAGCGGGCUGGCAUACCUUCAUGACCAAGGCAUUCUUCACCGUGACCUCAAAGCCGACAACAUCCUUCUCGACCUUGACGGUACCUGCAAGAUUUCUGAUUUCGGCAUCUCAAAGAAGACAGACAAUAUAUAUGGAAAUGACGUUACGAACUCAAUGCAGGGCUCGGUAUUCUGGAUGGCACCAGAGGUUGUACAGUCACAGGGUCAAGGUUAUAGUGCGAAAGUCGACAUUUGGUCCCUUGGUUGCGUCGUGCUAGAGAUGUUCGCUGGCCGGCGACCAUGGAGUAAGGAGGAGGCGAUUGGAGCUAUUUUCAAGCUGGGAAGUCUGAACCAGGCGCCGCCAAUUCCUGACGAUGUAUCUGUAGCAAUCACGCCGGAAGCCCUUGCUUUCAUUGAUACUUUCGAACGCCCGACUGCGGAAACCCUGCUCUCCCAGCACCCUUUUUGCAAACCUGACCCGCACUACAACUUCCUGGAUACUGAGCUGCAUGCGAAGAUUCGACAUGUUCUCUAA